GUUCACCGCCCGGCCGGCCAACCGGUCCGCGUACGAACACAAUAUGCUUUUUUUGAAUUGUUUGCUUACAGAAUGACCUACGUAUGUCUGAAGAUAUAGUUUGAAUUUACUCGAGACAGCAAUCAAUUGCCGCCAAAUAUAUUUAGCAAAGAGGUUACAAAUUACAAUUUGGUUUAAUGUGGUAGCUACGUGUUGCUGACGAUCCGGUUGUGGUUCAUAGUUGUUUACCGCUACUGCUGAGGAUAUUCCAGGUUACACUAUCUCGACUCAUGCCCAUACAUUCUAAGCAGUUUUCUCGGUCAACUAUUCAGUUAUCAUCCUUCAUUCCCUUAACUCCGUUGUUGUUCUUAUUUUUAGAGGAGUGUAGCGUAUUACACGAAUCAGGAAUGGCUGAUAAAAAGCAACGGAACAGUUCACAACAGUUGACAGACGCCGCCGAUGCGCAGAAGCACCCGAAAGUCACCGAAAACAUUUCUACGACGGACAAUUCUGGACAAAUUCAAUACAUCCGGGACGAUGUUAGAAAAAUAUUCAUCGGAGGGCUCAAUAAAAAAACCACUGAGAAAGAUUUAAAUGAACACUUUAGUCAGUUUGGGGAAAUCGAAUUUACAAAUGUCAAAGUAGAUACUGCCACUGGUGAAAGCAGAGGUUUCGCUUUCAUUGUGUUCAAGACGAUGAAAGGCCAAGACAAUGCUUUGGAGUGUACUAACCAUGUAAUCAAUGAGAAGAAAGUUGACGUUAAAAAGGCUGUACCACGACAAAUUAAGUUAUUUGUUGGAGGAUUAUCUACUGACUUAACUGAUGAUGACAUCAAAGAUUACUUCAAACGCUAUGCACCGCUGGUGGCCACCGAGAUGCCAUAUGAUAAAGUUAAAAACCAACGAAAACGUUAUUGCUUUCUUACAUAUGAUAGCAUUCAGGCAAUAUCUGAAAUAUUAAAAUUGCCUAUACAUGUGAUUAAUGGAAACCAAGUUUAUGUAAGAAAAGCAGCACCACUCAAAGAUUAUGGAAUUAUGUUUCAUCCUUUAAGAUCUAUGAGAGGAAAGAGAGGGAAUUUCAGGGGCCAAAGAGGUAGAGGAGGUUUUCCACCUCAGUAUGGACACGCUCUCAGUGCUCCUGGUAACUACUAUAGAGGAAAUUAUUAUCAAAAUCAAUACAAUGCCUAUAGUCCUGACUACAGCUAUACUUAUGGUUAUCCAGGUGCUGGUGCUCAAGCCGGUUACCAGUAUUAUGCCAGUGAACAAUAUGUACAGCAUGGUGGUCGUGGAAAUCGAAACAUGGAGUAAAAGAUUUGCUCAAUCAUCAAGACGUCAGCUAAAGCACCUAUCUCUGAGUCGUUUACAGUUUACAAUCAUCAUAUGCCAUACUUUUUUGAUGUACACUAACGUAUGA